AUGGCGGCCGUCGCUCUUGCCGGGUCUCCGGUUAUCGCCGCACCCCCCGCGCUUGGUACCCGACGUCGCUCGAUACUUUCCGGUCGAUGCGUCGCCCCUCCGAGACGCGCGACGGGCGACUCCGGGGAGACUUCUCCAACGCUAUCCGAAGCGGACGCACCGGUGCUCUCGCCGGAGGAUUUGGUGAAGAAGCAGUACGAGGAGAAGGAGGCUGAGAACUUCGGUGACAGCAUCCUGGGGGGACGAUCCGUGGUGGAGGGCACCGAAGAGGAGACCCGCGAUCUGGUCCCCUUCGGCGCGAACAAUCUGACGGUGCUCCGCGCCACCAAGCUGUACGCGGACGCGAUCGAGAACGGCCUGGACGGGGACGACGUGCUGUGCUUCGCGCUCGGGGUCAAGUCCCUGGAUGCCCUGGCACCCGCGCAGAGGGCGUACAGCGAGAAGGUUCGCGUGAAGCUCGAGGAGAAUGCGCAGAGGCUCCGCGGCGCGACGCUGGAGGCGAUGCGGCUGUACAAGACAGCGGUGAAGGCGUACGCCAAGGGAAUGUACUCGGAUUCGAUCCAGUGGUGUGACGCCGCGCUGGAGGAGACCGACCCAAACUCCUUGAUGGGUGGUAAGAUCCAGAUACAGAAAGCCUUGGGGCUGGACGCGAACGGGAAGGAGGAUGACGCGCUGGAGGUGUACAGAGGGCUACAGAAGCACCCUGAGGGUUUCAUCAAGAGGCAGGCGGAGGAGCUCAAGUACAUCCUGGAGGCGCCCAAGAUGGAGAUCGCCGAAAACGAAAAGCCAGAUGUGCCGCUGCUGAGGGACUCGUACGGCUACAGCGACAAGUGGUCCAGCAGGGGCGCUGGCGGUGGGUACCGUGGGGAGAAGAGACAAAAGUCCUUGGAGGAGGAGUACGGAGGGGAUUUCGUGCCGGACGUGCCGACGCCGCAGAAUCCCUUCAUCACCGUCGCAGCGGGCAUUGUCGCAGCGGGCAUAGCUUGGUACAGCACCACCCUGGUGAGAUAG